UUAAGCCAGUCGUUGAUGUAACUGCCAGGUGUUGAGUACUGUUUUAGCUAGUCCUAUGACGGCGGUCUGAUACAACACAAUUUCGAACUGGUUUGAUCUGGUGGUGUGUAUCUCGUGCUUUGUGAGCAGUGCUAUCCUGGUGCUAUCAGUAGCAGAUCUACUAGGCCGCCGAAGGUUGCACAGUAACCAACCGAAAACCAGACUAUUUUUUUGUUUCAAAAGUUUAUAAGCCGAUCAGUGUGACGGAAUGACCCGCCGGUGUUAAUUUUGGCUGCCAUUAAUUGUACGUGGAGAUAAAUCAAUCAUCGACGUUUGAAGUGCCCACAUCGGUCCAGUUUACUGCAAGGAAAAUGAAUAAGCUCGUCAAUUUCGCCUCGCCAUCACUGUUCCGCUCGGUAAGCAGCAUUAAGAAGAUGCCUUGCCCAUUCCUGACCCGUCUGAGCACCAGCUACGUGCGCAACUACGCCCCGGCCCUGCUGAAGGCGUAUGGUUCGCAGUGUCCGGUGGUUGCCCGCACCAUUUCCAGCCUGCAAAAUCCACCGGCGGGAUCCGGUUCGGAUGCCGCGGCUGGGUCGGCCGGUACCGUGGCCACCAAGAAGAAGGAACCCGUUGCGGCCGCCAAGCAGCUGGAGGUGAAAACUCCGAGCCGUCACCUGAGCUCGCUGCAGCAACCGAAGGCCAAGGAGGAGGCCAAGAAGUGCCCCUUCUUGGACUCGGCGGCCCCCCACGUGAAGGAACUCGGCGCUGAGAGCGUGGAUGUUCCCGCGAGCCGUCCGUUCGAGUACGAGGAGUUCUUCCAUGAGCAAAUCAUGCGCAAGAAGAAGGAUCAUUCGUACCGUGUGUUCAAGAAGGUGAACCGUUUGGCCGAAGCCGGCAAGUUCCCACGUGCUAUGGAGUAUUCAUGGGGCGAGCGCCCAAUCACUGUAUGGUGCUCUAACGACUACUUAGGCAUGUCAUGCCAUCCGGAGGUAAAGAAAGCGGUGGCCAAUGCCCUCGAAACCUACGGAGCCGGUGCAGGUGGUACUAGAAACAUUUCCGGAAACUCACUAAACCAUGAAAAUCUCGAGAACCGUCUAGCCCAGCUUCACCAGAAGGAGGGCGCUCUACUGUUCACCUCGUGUUUCGUAGCCAACGAUUCAACGUUGUUUACGCUGGCGAAAGCUCUUCCCGAUUGCCACAUCUUCUCGGAUGCUGGUAACCAUGCUUCGAUGAUUCAAGGAAUCAAGAACAGCGGUGUGCCGAAGCAUAUCUUCCGCCACAAUGACCCUGCCCAUUUACGGGAGCUACUGUCGAAAGUUGACAAAUCGUUACCUAAGAUUGUUGCAUUUGAAACUGUGCACUCCAUGACGGGUGCAAUCUGUCCAUUGGAGGAACUCUGCGAUGUGGCCCAUGAAUUCGGUGCUCUGACCUUUGUGGACGAAGUGCAUGCCGUAGGUCUGUAUGGAGAACACGGAGCAGGAGUUGGCGAACGAGAGGGACUGCUCCACAAGAUGGAUAUUAUCUCAGGAACACUGGGAAAGGCUUUCGGCAACGUAGGUGGUUACAUUGCCGGUACGUCUCUCCUCGUCGACAUGGUGCGAUCGUAUGCUGCCGGAUUCAUCUUUACUACUUCACUACCUCCAACGGUUCUAGUUGGAGCGUUGAAGGCCGUCAACAUCUUGGCUUCGGACGAGGGACGUGAAUUACGCGCCCGCCACCAAGAAAAUGUCCGUUACCUUCGCGGUUUACUUCAGAAGGAAGGUUUCCCUGUGGAACAUACUCCAAGUCAUAUCAUUCCAGUCAAGAUCGGCAAUCCGGCCCAAUGUACCGAGCUGUCCGAUCUUAUGAUACAACGUUUCGGACACUACAUUCAAGCCAUCAACUACCCAACGGUAGCACGUGGCCAGGAGAAAUUACGCCUGGCACCAACUCCGCAUCAUACCAAGGAGAUGAUGGAUAUUCUGAUCCGCGAUAUGAAGGUUGUCUGGAAGGACCUAGGAAUGCCGUUGAACGGUUCUGCGUGCACUGCGGAAUGCACGUUCUGCCGCAAACCGCUGUUGUUCGACCGCUUCGAGGCUCGCACUAAGGCCAACUGUUCGGCUGAAAUCAACUGUCAGAUCCCCAACUGCCCGCAGAUAGCAGCUGUUGCCAACUAAGCGCCCAUGCCCACGAACGCACAAAGUGCUAAAUGCGGAGGAGAGUCAACGCCAAUAGCUCUUCUUCCCCUCUUUCCAGGUGAUGGGUCACUAUCCAGCUUUUCACUACAUACUGCUAAUUAUUCCAUGACGGAAAUGAAUUGGUGAUUGGUGUACAACGUUCAAUGUUCAACAAAUGCAGCAGCAUAUCGCAGCCACAACCCCAAAAUGUUCCAGAGGUAGACAGUUGAGCCAAAUUACAAAAUCUCGAUGUUUUUUUCAUCUUUUAAUUUGUCCAAUUGCCCGUAAAGACAUAUCUGUCCCAUAUGCGUAAAAAAUUAUAUUUGUGACAGUUAUGCUUGUAGGGGCAGCCUGUUAAUAUUAGGUUUACCCACCAUAGAUGAGAUAUUAUUACCUAAAAUUUAGUAUACUGUUUGUGAUAUAUUCAGAAGAUCGUACACAUUUUAUUUUUUCAUUGUUAUCUGUUGUUAAAUUGGAUUAUAGCAAGAAAUCGUUAUGUUUAAACAAAAUAAAGCAUCCAAAAUCUAAAUUCCUUGUAUUCGCUACGUACCUUGUAUUUUAUCCCUAAGAUGUACGAAAACUGUGUGCAUAAACCAGCAUAAUGAAACGUGUUUGUCGAUAUGUUGUUGACAAUAAACUCUGAGAAAUACAAAAUAUAAAUCUGUGUUGCAAAAGAAACAAAA